AUGGCGGCAGAGAAAAUAGAGACAGUAAUCGCAGGGAAUUACUUAGAAAUGGAGAGAGAAGAAGAAAUCAGAAGUAAUAAUAAAUCUUCAGUGAAAACGAAACUCUCCAAUUUCUUCUGGCAUGGAGGUUCUGUCUACGAUGCUUGGUUUAGCUGUGCUUCAAAUCAGGUGGCACAAGUACUGUUGACUUUGCCAUACUCAUUCUCACAACUUGGGAUGAUGUCGGGAAUCUUGUUUCAACUCUUUUAUGGAUUAAUGGGAAGCUGGACUGCUUAUCUCAUUAGUGUUCUCUACGUUGAAUAUCGAACUCGUAAAGAACGUGAAAAAUUCGAUUUCCGUAACCACGUUAUUCAGGCCGAGGACGUUAAACACUCCGGUCCAACCACAAUGGUUCUCUACUUCACCGGAGCCACCAACAUUCUAUACACCUUCGGUGGUCACGCCGUCACUGUGGAGAUCAUGCAUGCGAUGUGGAAACCGCAGAAGUUCAAGGCAAUAUAUCUACUAGCGACUAUAUACGUAUUAACGCUAACGCUACCUUCUGCGUCUGCGGUUUAUUGGGCGUUUGGCGACCAAUUGUUAACUCAUUCCAACGCACUCUCUCUUCUCCCAAAGUCAGGUUUUAGAGACACCGCAGUGAUCCUGAUGCUUAUCCAUCAGUUUAUAACGUUUGGAUUCGCGUCCACACCGUUAUAUUUCGUGUGGGAGAAACUGAUAGGUGUGCAUGAGACGAAGAGCAUGUUCAAAAGAGCUAUGGCUAGGUUACCUGUGGUUGUACCCAUAUGGUUCUUAGCCAUUAUCUUCCCAUUUUUCGGACCAAUUAACUCUGCGGUCGGAUCUCUCCUAGUCAGUUUCACUGUCUACAUCAUCCCUGCUUUGGCUCAUAUGCUUACUUUUGCUCCUGCCCCUUCCAGAGAGAACGCAGUGGAGAGACCGCCUAGAGUGUUGGGAGGAUGGAUGGGGACUUAUUGCAUAAACAUAUUCGUUGUGGUUUGGGUGUUUGUCGUUGGGUUCGGGUUCGGAGGAUGGGCGAGUAUGGUCAAUUUUGUUCGCCAGAUCAAUACUUUUGGUCUAUUCACCAAAUGCUACCAAUGCCCACCUCACAAGACUUGA